AUGUCUGAUGACUGGGCUACGCAGGUUGAACAAAAACCUGUAGCUGACGCUCCGACCAUAGAAAUGCCUGAGGUGAAGCUCUUUGGCAAGUGGUCCCUUCAAGAUGUAAACGUUUCUGACAUCACUCUUGUCGACUACAUUGCCGUAAAGGACAAAUGCGCUAAAUAUCUUCCCCAUUCGGCUGGUCGUUACCAGGUGAUGCGGUUCCGCAAGGCUGGCUGCCCAAUUGUUGAACGUUUGUGUAACUCGAUGAUGAUGCAUGGUCGUAACAAUGGGAAGAAGUUGAUGACCGUGCGUAUUGUUAAGCACGCUUUCGAGAUUAUACACUUGCUUACUGGAGAGAACCCAGUGCAAGUUCUAGUCAAUGCGGUGAUCAACAGUGGCCCUCGUGAAGACUCUACUCGUAUUGGACGUGCUGGUACUGUCCGUCGACAGGCCGUUGAUGUAGCGCCUCUUCGACGCGUAAACCAGGUUUACCUCCUUUGGUAUCUGUUUUGGGCUAUUUGGUUGCUGUGUACGGGUGCUCGUGAAGCUGCAUUCCGAAAUAUCAAAACCAUUGCCGAGUGUCUUGCUGACGAGCUGAUCAAUGCUGCAAAAGGUUCCUCGAACAGCUAUGCAAUUAAAAAGAAGGAUGAGCUGGAACGUGUUGCAAAGUCCAAUCGCUAA